AUGUUUCCUGCUGCAGGUGAGAUCAUCCUUGCUGCUCAGUUGGAUCGCGAGAAGAGGGAUCAGUACGCGCUCACGAUUCGUGCCUCCGAUCCUGGAGGCCUUGUUGACUUUGCCACUCUGCAUGUCUACGUCACGGAUGUGAAUGACAAUGCUCCAGUCAUCCAACAAACUCGUUAUGAGGUGAGUCUCCCCAUUUACCCAGACCAGGACUUGAGUGGGACUUUUAAACCAUGCGAAUCCACUUUCAAUCGAAAACUUAUUUCGGAUUCAGAUAUUUCAUGUGCAAAAUCCUUUGAAAAUCUCAAGGGCUUCCGAAAACACUGGUUGCAAUUACAUACUCGCGAGUUCAUGAUAAGAAUCACUAUACAGCCAAAGGAUUAUGGUGAGGCCGCCUGGAAAUCUUCAUCUACAGCACCUGUCAGUCUUCCUCUCCGAGUUACCGCCGACGAUAUAGAUUUGGGCAGCAAUGCCCACGUGAUAUAUCGAUUUCCAGGCGUCAGCCAGAUGCCAAACUCUUCGUUCCCUCUACCUUUCUCCAUCGCUUCCAAUACCGGCGAGCUAUUACUUAAUCGAGCAGUCACUCCAACAGAAACCCACUCUGGUGUAAUCAGUUUCCAGGUCGAGGCCUGUGAUCAACCAAUUACGGGCGAUUCGCUCUGCUCCGAACCUGUCGAGGUGGUUGUCCACUUGGCACCCACGGACAAUUUGCCCAACUUGACCGUAACUUGCAGUUCUAACGAGAUUUCUGAGAGCGACGUCAUUCUAACAGAAGCGGUCGCCGGAUGUCAUGUGUCAAGUCCAGGAAUACAAGGAGCUUGGUCGUUAGAGGGAACUCGCGCUGCAACAAAGGCCUUCCGAAUAGAUCAGUCCACUGGGCUCAUAUACGUUUCCAACACGCUUGAUUUCGAGACCAGGUCGGCUUAUCUUCUCAUCGUCAAGUACAGCACAAGCAUACACCAUGAAGAAACUGAGGUGCCAGUUACUGCGGUAGCACAGCUGUCUUUGCAACUCACUGACAAGAACGACUGUUAUCCGGAAUUUAGCGCUUCAGAAUAUUGGGUUUCAAUUCCUGAAGACCUUAGUACAGGUUCAAAGUUCUUCCGUGUUACCGUCGACGACUGUGACUCAGACGACAGAAGUCGGUUAAAAUUGUCCCUCCGCCACAAACCUCCUCCUCCUGUCUUCGAGUUCUAUGUUACUGAUCCGGACACAGUGGAUCGGGACCUGCUCACCUUUUACUUCGUCGAGCAGCCCAAGUCAUCAAACUCCGCCCACCAAGGCCCCAUUUAUCAGGCCUAUCAUUAUUUUGGCCUAUCGCCAGGCGGUGAACUUUAUCUGCGCCAACCCCUCGACUGUGAGGAGCAACGCAGUCAUACGUUACACGUAAAAGCCUCAGAUGGCCUCUUCGAGACAGAACGGCCAUUCGUUCUCAAGGUCAUUAUCGAAGACGAGAAUGACAACGCACCGUUUUGCGUAUCUCCUCGGCAAGAGAUUGCGGUCUCAGAGACACUGCCCCUUGACACCGUACUGCCUUUCAACAUCACCGCCACCGACGCUGACGUCAGUGAGCAGAACUCAAGAAUGAACUUCAGUUUGUUUAAGGGCGAUGCACGACUCUUUGCCGUGGACCCAAGCACCGGUGAAAUUCGCCUCGUGGGGCCUCUAGACUACGAGACUACCCGUACGCAUCACCUACAAGUUAAGGCGACUGAUUUUGGGGGCCUGUUCUGUCUAUUCUCCGACCUGCGGAUUCAGGUACUUGAUGAGAACGACAACGAACCCAAAUUUUCAGCAGUCCAAAUUUCUCCUGUGCCUGAAGACGCAUUGCUUAACAGUCUGAUUGGGAAGGUGAACGCGGUGGAUGCUGAUUCAGUGCAGACACUUGACAGGGAGACUCAGGCGGUUCAUCAGCUCACGAUUCUCGCCAUCGACGGAGCACCUCCGGACGGAUCAACCACCACCGCCUCUUCGAUUCGUCACACGGCGACUGCCAGCGUCAGUAUCUCGCUCCUCGACGUCAACGAUUUCCCGCCCCAGUUUCUGGACCCCCAGCCGCUCGUAAACGUCUCCGAGCUGACACCUGUCGGAAGCCUCCUAAUGCGCUUCCAGGCGUUCAGCUUAGAUGAGGGCGAAAACGGAGUCAUUCGAUAUCGCCUCCUUGAGAGCCAGCCGGAAUUCAUUCUGAAUGCCACAAGCGGAGAACUGCACUUGGGCAGUCCCCUGGACUACGAACGCGCAUCUGGUCACUUUCUUACCAUCGAGGCCCGGGACGGUGGAACUCCAUCGCUCAGUACCACAACAGUGGCCCGUAUCAAUGUGAUCGACGUCAAUGACAAUCGCCCCCGCUUCAUCCGCCAGCAGGCCUACCCCUUGGAUGAUAUCACCGCCACCGCCACCGGCUCUGGGAGCCUCGUACCGACUGGUGUAUAUGUUUUUGAAAUUCCAGAGAACACGCCAGAGGGGACGCAGUUUGGUCGGGUAAGACGGAACCCUCGCUGGCCUGUUUAA